CCAACGAGGGAAAGUUCGAACUAAACAACAACAACUAUUAUUUUCCUCCUUUUUUGAUAAACAGCGAUGUAAACAUGCAUCAGCCAAACUGUGUAUUAACAACAUGGCUCCAGGAAAACAACGAGCUGGUAAACAAGUGGAGGGAACGACAGCAGGAAGGAGGAAGUUUGAGCCGAGAUCAGAACCGGACCACGUGUUCCUCUGAGUUCCACAAACUUUUAAGGAAAAUCCAAGGUGUUCCUCCUCUUGCAGACCACACUCGCCUGGAGCUGUCAGUGGUGUACAACACCUGUUUAUUCUCUACUGCUCAGUCUCAGUUCAGAGACGCUGAGCAGCUCCUCACACACGCUCUGCAGAGAGCUCUACAGAUGACAGGAGAUGACCCUGUCACUUCAGACCUUCCUGUGUUUUGGAGAACAGUUCUCAAAUCAGUGAGAAACAAAGCUUUGAAUUCCUUUGUGCUGCACCUUCUCUGUCUGCAGUGGGUAAUAUGGUUGGCCACCUGUCAGAUGAAAACUAUACAGGAGUUUAAGGAGGAGCUGUCCUCCCUGGUUCAGACACUAUGUACUGGAGAUGGGGAUGACAAGAGGAGUGAGGGAGAAAAAGACAAGAGCACUGAUGUUCCACGAUUGGUGACAGACCCAAGACAGCUUGUUGAAUUAUUGCAGAUCUGCACUUUUAUUGCCCAAGGAGCUGAAAGUCUGAGCGAGGGCCAGAGUUCAGAAGCGUUGUCUGGUCUGCAGAAAGCCUCUUCACUGUCGGCCCCCAGAACUCUAGUAGCAUACGUACACUUCCUCUCAGGCUCCUGCCUCGCCCACAUGAGCUGCCCUCAGAUGGCACUGCAGUGUUACAGGAAGGCGCUGGAAACUGACUCAUGUUGUGUGUGCGCUCUGUACCAGAGCAUGCUCAUCUACAGACAGCUGGGCAACACACAGGCUGAAAUACAAGCUCUGCGCCUGCUGCACUCAACUCUGAUGUUGCCCUCUGCCACAGUGCCUGCUCUGGCCGGUACCCAACUCCUCUCCCCGCCCUUGCUGCUCUGCAGCCAAUCACUGAGCAGCCUGCUCUCAGUUCCCUCUGCCCUCUCCGUCCUUCACAAUCUGGCACUGACGUGUGUGCUCCAUGAGAGAGUGUCAGAGGGUGUGGAGUAUUAUCUGGACCUGCUGGCUGCUCUUCACUCGGAAGAUCAACAUGGACUCUCUGCUGAAGGUCCCCCUCUCCCCAGGUUGCCUGAGCUUUACCUGGAGGGAGGUGCUGCCUUGCUCAUGGCCCGGCGAUCUGCAGAUUGCAUGGCGCUUUGCAAUGAAGUCAUCAACACGACACUGGACCUGCUGCCAGAGAGGCUGGUGAUGGAGGAUCCAGAGGAGACGAGUAAGGCUGAGACCAGGGGUGUGAGUGCGGAGGGUGAAGAUAAGAUGGCGAUGUUGCUCUGGUCUGGGGCUGCCUACCUCUUGCAGGGUCACUGCCACACUCACCUAAAGGACUGGAAACAAGCUGUGACUCACUACACAAGGUGUAUCAACCUGCUGGUGAAGGUCCGCUUUAAGAAGAAAGGUUUCCAACCACAGAUCCCCAGUGCAGACAUGGUUGACAGGCAGGGGACAGAUCUGUGUAUUCUCCAAAGGCUGAAGGGGCUUUCCCUUGCUGGUAGAGGUAUCAGCUUCACGCAGACAGACAGACUGAGAGAGGCACUGAGGGACCUCCUGCUCAGCCUGCAGGCAUUCCCAGAGUGUGUAGGAGCAGGCCUGUGGUGCGGUGAGGUGCUGUGGAGGCUUGGCAGAAGACAGGAGGCAGCAGCUUGCUGGGAAAAGACCUGGAGCUUCGCCACACAAUCAUCAGUGGAGGGUCUUCCAUUGUACCUGUGGGAACCCCAGACUGGCCCUUUGCUGGACUCCACAGAGCUGAGGUGCAGAAUACAGACGCUUGGGCCUACCUAGUCAAUGCAGAGCGCGGGACACAUGAGGAACGCACCUAUCGCUUACUGAACAGGAUCAACUUUCUCUGGCCUGUGAACUGAAACCAAUUCCCACAACAAACAUGCAUCUACAAGGACAGUGGAAGGACGUGUAUUGUGAAGACUUUAAGGGUGAACGUGUGAUGGAGACCAAGAAAAAAAAGAAUGAUGAUAUGAUAAGAUAUCUAGUUGAAGAAUAGACUGUAUUCAAAAAAUAUAAAAAUAACUUAUGACUGUUAUAAAUAAUAUACGUUAUAAAUAUGUGUAAAUAGAUUAUACAGAUUAAAGUAUAGACACAAUAAACUGUGUUUCUGCUCUUUUU